AUGGUCCGCCCUCCCCUCCUCCGCCCAGCCGCUCUACCACUUCAAGUUUCUAGAAUCACACUUGUGAUUUUCCGUCUGCUGAAACCUAUUGUGGCAGUCUAUCUCUUAGACAAAUUCGACAUUGCACAAAGGCACGAGCGUAGACGCCACUGCCUAGGUACCGAAAAGCAGUCACCACCCCAAAUCGCCUAUCCAAAUCACUGGGACUCUUUGGGUGUACAACCCGAGCCAGUCCCAAGCCGCCACGGACAUUCUGGCGAACUCAGGAUCCAGCCUGUGGCAACAGGCACCGCCCGUGAACCGGAGUCCUGGCAGUGCUGCGGCUCCCGAUUCUUCAACUUCAACCACACCCACCUCGCCCAGAACACCGGUCACGCCUCCUUGGCCUAA